GUAACUCAGGAAAAAGAGAGCAAGGGAAAAAAAAGAUUUUUUUUUUAAACCUAGGCUGGGUUCCUGCCAUGAUGUCAGAAGGAGACAAACGGACUGCCUGUUAAAUUUUAUCCCCCAGUAAGAGCUGGGGAGAAAGAGUUCACCUGAAAUACAGCUGUUCUCCCCCUUCUGUGGUCAUGACGGCUUCCUCUCCGCACAGUGACUGUUUGGUGGUCUUGUUUGGGGCAUCCGCUGGUGGAAAUGGGGCUAAGCUGGGGUCCGAUGAGAGGGAACUAAUUCUGUUGGUGUGGCAAGUUGUGGAUCUUCCCAGCAAGAAGGUAGGGACGCUGCACAAAUGCCUGGUGAAGGCAGACAAUUUGGAGCUAAGCGAGCCAUGCCGAGAACUGACAGGGUUAACCCCCGAGAGCUUGGCCAAAGCGGAGCCUCUGGAUCGCGUUCUCCAACAGGUGAGGGUUAAUUUGUGGAUGCAGGGAGCAGGAUUCCAAGUGAUGCAAUCGAGCAAACAGCAGACUUUCGCUUUGAAAAUUUGUCAAGCGACCCAGUGGUUCACCCCCUUGCCGAGUAAAACGUGUUUAUUCUGCAACCGAGGCUCGCUGGCACCAUCUGCCACGUGCUGCGGCCACAUUGGAUGGUGGCCUGCAGUGGCUGAGUUCACCCAGCACCCUGAGCCAUUGGCUUUUAUAUCUUUUGAACACCAUCUUGGCAUUUGCAGCCAAUCCGAAUUGCAAUUAAGCCAGGGUUUGUGAAGGGAGCCCGCUGAA